AUGGUUCAUUCAAGACAAGCUUCAAUAAGCUCGUCAGUUAUGUCUGCUUCAAAUCAUCAUCAUCCACAAAAAAUUGGACCGUGGAAAUUAGGUAAAACUUUGGGUAGGGGCGCUACAGGUAGAGUUUUAUUAGCAACACAUCAAACAACAGGUCAAAAAGCUGCUGUGAAAGUAGUAUCUAAAGCAGACUUACAGGAAGAAGGAAAUAAUGAAAAUAAUCCAGAAGGUUUACCAUAUGGAAUCGAAAGAGAAAUUAUUAUAAUGAAAUUAUUAAAUCAUCCAAAUGUUUUGAGAUUGUAUGACGUUUGGGAAACAACAAAAGCUUUAUAUUUAGUAUUGGAAUACGUGGAAGGAGGUGAAUUAUUUGAUUUAUUAGUUGAAAGAGGCCCAUUACAAGAAAUCGAGGCAAUAAAAUAUUUUCGUCAAAUUAUACUAGGUACUGCUUAUUGUCAUGCUUUAGGUAUAUGUCAUCGAGAUUUAAAACCCGAAAAUUUAUUAUUGGAUUCACAGUUAAAUGUUAAAUUGGCUGAUUUUGGUAUGGCUGCUUUGGAAUGUAAUGGAAAUUUAUUGGAAACUUCAUGUGGUUCUCCUCAUUAUGCUGCGCCUGAAAUUGUUAGUGGAUUGAAAUAUCAUGGAGCUGCAUCAGAUAUUUGGUCAUGUGGUGUUAUUUUGUUUGCAUUAUUAACAGGUAGAUUACCAUUUGACGAUGAAAAUAUAAGAAAUUUAUUAUUAAAAGUUCAGGCUGGUACUUUUGAAAUGCCGUAUGAUGAAAUUAGUCAAGAAGCCCAAGACUUGAUUAAAAUGAUGUUGGAAGUUGAUCCUAAUAAAAGAAUAACGACUGAUAAAAUUUUGAAACAUCAAUUAUUAUUGAAAUACCCAAUCCCGAAUGAAGAUUUAAUUAGCGAAAAAUCUUUACCCCAUCCUGAAACAGCUUAUAAAUCGUUAGGUUCUGCUAAAAAUAUAGAUAAACAAAUAUUGUCGAAUCUAUCAAUAUUAUGGAAUGAUAGACCACAAGAUGAGAUAGUUAAUUGUCUUUUAAAAAAUGGGUCAAAUCCUGAGAAGACAUUUUAUGCUUUAUUAUUAAGAUAUAGACAUAAUCAAGAUGAUCAAAUAACAACUCCAAAAAAGUCAAACAGCCUUAGUAAUAAACAGAAUGGAGGUGGAAUUUCAGUUACACCUAAAAGAAAAAGACAAAGUCAAAUUAGUGUUUCAAGACCAACUUCUUUUCAAUAUAAAAAUGGCAAUAAUAGAGCAUCCAUGAUUAGACAAUCAGUUACUUCAGUCAAUAAUUCUCCACAAAAAAUACCAAAUAAAUCACCGAGAAAGAGAUUUUCAUAUGCUCAAUCACCAACUAAAUCGCCUAAUACUAAAAUUGAAUAUAAUGGUUCAGUUAAAGCUACGCCCAGAAAUAUCUAUAACGAAAUUGUCGAUGCUCAAAGUAAUCAAUCUAUUCCACCUUCGUUACCUUCAAAGGAUUCAUAUUUUCAAGAAUCACCAAAUGAAGUUUUACAACAAUCUGCUAAAAUAUCACCAUCGAAAAGAGCUUCAAUUAUCAGUAAAUCCAAUAAAAGACUAUCAAAGAGAAAAUCAAUACGAGCAUCAAUGACUAGUGGUUUGAAAAGAAAUUCAGUAACAAUGAAAUUAUUAUCAACAUACGCUAAAUUAUCUGGUGACAAUGAUUGGGAGUAUAUGGAUAAACAAACAAAGAGAACUUCGGCUACAUUUGCUGCAUUAUGUGAUAAAAUUUUUAAUCAAGAAGAUUACGAUGAAGAAGAUGAACAAUUAAUUGAUGAAGAAGAAAAGGAAGCAAGGGAAUAUGAAAGAUUAAUGGAAAUUGAAAGGAAAAAACAUGAAGCUGAAUUAAAAGCAAGAAAAGAAUUGGAAAAGAAGAAAAAGAGACAAAAGAGAAGAUCAAUUCUAAGUUCAAAGAAAUUAAGUAUUAUAGUGAAGAAUGAUUCUGAUCCAAAUAAUAGUGAACAAGAAAUGAUUACUGACAAUCUUGAACAACCAAAACGUCAGUCCAAAAAUUUCAAUACAUUAAGAGCAUUAUCUGAAGGUAAUAGACAAGAUGAACUAACGAUGGAAGAAGUUGAAAAUCUUAAAAGAAGAUCUGUUAGUCAACCAACUCCUAAAAGAAGACAAACACCAAUAUUGACAAGAAGACCAAUUUCAAGAUUAGAUCCAUUAUGGCAAGCACAUGAAAAUGAGCAAAUUGAAAGAGCCAAAGAUGCUCUUGAACAAGAAUGGAGAGAUGAUCAGAAACUGAAAAGAGAUUCAGCAGUACGUAAGAAAAUUAAUAGAGAAUCAAUGAUAUCGGUUAUGGAUGAAAUUGAAGAAGAAGAUAAUAAAAGACUUUCCAAAGAUAGUUAUUAUGAUAAAUCAAAAGAUUAUGAAUUACCUGAACCAACUGUUGAUAAUUCAAAUUUGACUGAUGAUUACAUGUUGGAAAUUAGAAAAUCAAGAUUAUUAAAUAGUCAGUUAAAUAUGAAAGGUAUAGUGGAUAAAAACAAAAAAGAAGUUGACAGAAAGACAUUGAUAAGCAAUGUCAAAAUACCAAAUGUUACCAGGAAAUCAAGAAAUUUUACUAAUUCAAACAAAAGACUUUCUGUAUUAUCAAUGUAUUCAACUAAAGAGUCAUAUAAUGAUUUAAAUUCAAUAAUAAAUGCACAUAAUCCAAAUGAAGAAAACGAAGAUAAUGAGAGAAAGAUGCCAAAUUUAAGAACUAGUUUUGCUGAUAGACUAGAUAAAGCUGGUUUACCUGAAGAUCAUGAAGAAUUUGAAAAAGGUUCUGUUAUGGAUUUUGAUGAGCAUUUAGCAAAUAAGAGAUAUUCCUAUUAUGACUCAAACAAAAGAGCUUCAAAAGCAUCGACUACUAAAAGAUAUAGUAAAGCUGGUGCAAGACCAUCAUCCAAAAUUCCUGCAUUACCAGAUGAUAAUUUUGAUGAUACAUUUACAAGUAAAAGUGAUGAAGUCCAUAAAAAGAAUUAUAAAUCAAUGAUUUCAGAUCAAAGUAGUGAUAAUGAUGACGUAUUUGAUAAGAUUAAAUUACCAGAAGGUAAAUCCUCAAAAUCAUCAAUUGAUGCAUUAGCAAAUGGUACAUCAAAUGGUCAUAAACAUAAAUCAAAACUACCAGGACAAGAAAUGCUAAUUCCUAAUUUCAAUAAUGAGAAUUCACAACCAAUGACCAAAGUUCGUAAUAACAAAAAAGAUACAGUACCUCCAACUCCACCACAACACGAAAAACCAAAGAAACCUUUGGAUGAUAAAACGAAUUAUCCUGAAUCACAACAAAAGAGAAAACAAUCAUUUUUCAGAAAAUUAUCAUGGGGUACGAAGAAAGAUGAAUCAUCACAAGAAAAAACAACUUCAAGUUCAAAUCAUGAUCAAGGUAAAAGUAGUAGAUUUUUCAGGUGGUUUUCAUCAUCAGAACCUACACCAUUGGACUCAGAAAUCAAAAAAUUUAAUACAAUUUUACCAAAACAUGAAAUGUCAACUGCUUUAUUCGCAUUAUUGAAAAGUUGGUCGAAUUUUGGUUUAAAGGAUUUACGAAAUGAUUCAGUUGGUGGUUAUAUUACAGGUUCAAUAUCGAAAUCAAAUUCGUUCAAUUUGAAGAGUUGUAAAUUUAGAAUCAAAAUAAAUCCAAGGGAGCAAAAUCAAAAGUCUGAAAUUGUUUGUGUUAGAGUUAAAGGUUCGAAAGUUACAACAGAUACAUUAUUCAAAGAAAUAGAAAAAGUUUUACUUAAAGAAGGAGUUUUAGAUCAAUAG